AUGGGCAACUACCAUCUUCCAAGAGAGGAAGACUUGCCGAACACAUCAACCAGCGGAGGAAGCCUGAUUUUCCUGAUCCGACCGCACAACCUCUUCCGGUACAGCCCUGACUACUACUCCUGCGAUAGGGUCUACACCACACAGGUGAGUAUGGCAAAUGUAUCUUCCUCAAAGUUAAAUGCCCCCCUGAUCUCGUCUAAAAGGGCUAGAAAUGCUCGGCUGUAUCUCUUCCAUUCUGGCCAGCACUGCACAACCUGGUUUCGAGACUCGACUGGACUGGAGCAGCCUCAUCAUGACUUGGUUGGAAAUGAAGCAAUGUAA